CACAGACAUGUUGACAGAAUGAACAGAAAGAGGAGGGCAGAGGGAGUGAGAGAGAAGAGUGAAAGAGACUGGAUAUAUUUGAUCGUGUGGGUGUGUGAAGUAUCAGGGCAUGCAUCAUAAUUGUGGCUUUUUCUUGGAGCAACUGGACAAGUCACUGCAUCAGCAGGAUAUCAGUAGACCUGAUCAAAGUGUGUUAAAGCAGUGGAGUUGUGUGCGCGACAAAAUGGAAAUUGUUUUGUUUCUGCUGCAUCGAGGAUUAAAUUAACGGGGAGUACCAAAAUACUUUCACUGAAGUGGUGCCAAAAAUGAUGUAUGGAAAAUUAUGAUGUGUCUGCAGUGUCAAUAACCAAGAACUAGAGUGAAGAAUUUAACUGAGAUGGCUGUCAGCCCAAUCAUCAUCUGCAUCCUGUCAUUAAUUGGAUAUGGCUCAUCACAGCCUACUCCUCCUCCUCCCCGGGGAUGUGGUGUGGAUGUUGAUCCCCCUUACAGAGUGCUGUGUGACCUAGAGUCGGCAUGGGGUGUUGUCCUGGAGGCUGUGGCCUGCAGCGGUGGCCUCACUUCUCUGGUCCUCGCUGUGCUUCUGAUAGUCAAGCUCAGAGUCGUUUCUGACCCUGCCAGGCACUCCGGCCUGGGACCGCUGCUCCUGCUCCUGGGCACUCUACUGGGGCUGUUUACCAUCUCCCUGGCCUUCCUGGUGGGAAAGACCCAGGUCCUUUGUGUGGUACGCAGGGCUUUUUGGGGACCCCUCUUUGCUCUUUGCUUCUCCAGCUUGCUUGUGCAGGGUGUGAGGCUCAGGAGGCUGGUGGCUGGAAAGACAAGCCCAUCGGGAAGCACCCUGGCUGCACUCGGUCUGGCCUUGGCUUUGGUUCAAGGAAUAAUCUCUGCUGAAUGGGUUCUGCUGACUGUAGUUAGAGAGGGUCACCCAGCCUGUGAAUAUCCACCUUUAGACUUUGCUUUGACCUGCAGCUACACUUUAGGCCUCCUUCUCAUAGCCAUGGGUCUUUCUCUGGGGGUGGUGCUGUGUGGAGGAGAGCUGGCAGCUGAAGCAGGAGAUGGCAGUGAUGAAGACAGAGAAGGGGAAAGUGACAAACGAAGAUGGAAGUGCAACGCCGUCUGGGUCUUUCUGUCCAGUUUGGCAUCAGCAUUGCUAUGGGUAGCCUGGCUGGGGUUUUAUCUGUAUGGAAGCCAAGCAUUGAGGGGAAAAGGGAACAGAGAUAAGGGAGGUGGAAAGAAGGAUAUUAAAGUGUUGGAUGAGCCUGCACUGGCUGUGGCCUUGGUGAUUCAGGGCUGGAUACUGCUGCUGUUCCAUGCAAUUCCAGAGUCUCACCUGUGUCUCCAGAAACCUUCACAAUCCAACACACAAGAUUUCUUUGACACCAGUCAUACUUCUUCUGCCCCACAUUUUGGAGAUGAGCUCCCUGCACAUUCUCACCAGGCCUUCCAAGAGAACCAGGCCUUUUCAAUGGAGGAGCAUGGUACAACCCUCCGAAGUGGAACAUACCAUGGCGGCCAUGGGACUGCCCGUCCUGGCAUCGCCUUCAGAGGCCAUGUCUACCAACCCACAGAGAUGGCCUUGGUCAUGAAUGGAGGCACAAUGCCAACGGCCCCAAUUAACUACACGGGACGGCGUUUGUGGUAAUAAAAAGCGAGACUUGAACACUCCAGUCAAAUAUGCGAUGUAGAAGAAUUUCCUAAGAAGAAGAAGUGCUUAAAUGUGUUUGUGUAUGAAUUUUACAAUUUAAAAACAAAUCAAUUGCUUAACUUUACUUCGUUGCCUCUUAAUCAGCAGGUGAAAUCAUGACAAGAGGAAAAAGUGAUGCUUGUACAAUAUUAACAAAAAGUGAAGGAGUUCUUAUUGGAUGCUGAAAAUGUGACUUAAAGAUAGCUGUAAUGAAGGAAAAUUACUAAAUGUGUUUUUGUUGGAUCAUAAGAAUGUUAAAAAUGAUGAACUAAACACGUUUGCCA